AUGGAUCAGGACUUCAAGAAAUACCUGGCGACCGAGGUCCUGUCAGAGCAACGGACAAUAUCAUAUCGCAAUGUGUCGCGCGUCUUCAAAGUCCACGUAAAUGCUGCGAAGUGCAUCCUCUACGACUUCUACGAGUUCCAGAACGGCAAGAAGCCAGGUUCGAUAUACGCCACGUAUCUUCUUUCCGGGAUCAAGAAGAGGCCGACACCCACAGUCACAGCCAAUGCCACCACCAACGGGCAUGGGCAUGGGCAUGGGCAUGGGCAUGGGCACGGGCGUGAUUUCGACCCGGACGAACACAUUCCCUCAAGCCCUCCGCCUUUCACCAGCUCAAUGCUCGAACCCAGUCAACAGAGCAGCCAAGCAGGCGAGGAGGAGGAGGAGGAGGAGGAGGAGGAGGAGGAGGAAGCAAAUAAAGUCCCCGUGCGGACCAUCUCGCUCGUAAAGGAGGAUGCGUUGGAAGAGUUGAAAGAACAAUACGAGAGCAUCACAUCCAUACACAUCUACAGCCUGUCGCCCACUCGCAUACAAGACCUGUUCACGCUGUCAGAUAUUGGCCGAAACUUGUUCAACGACGUAUUCGUUGAAGAAGAUCCCCUUCAGCACAACAAAACUUACGGUGUGAUUCAGAACCCCAAUGUCCGACGGCGCAAAGGCAACAGGCCGGCUAUCCCCUCUGGACCAGGCCCCAAGUUCCAGCCCGUCAAGGAGGAGCCCAGAAAGGCAUCUGCCCUUCAGAGCAAGCCAGCUCCCAAAUCUGGACCAGCAGCCGGAAGCACCAAAGCCGAAGAACCGUCGCGACCCUCAUCACGCGACAGCACCUCAACCACCACAUCCUCCAAGCCCUCGAAACAACCCCCCUUGAAACGAGAUUCAUCCGACCUCUUCAAAGCCUUCGCAAAGCAGGGCCACAGGAAAUCGACACCGACCAGCACGCCCACGGUGGCUCCCCAAGACGCCACGAUGAAAGAUGUCGAGGAUGACGAAGGUGAAUCCGAAGAUGAAGCCCUCUUUCUGGACACGAAUACGCGACAACCUGCGAGCGGCUCCAAAAAGCGACCCAGCGACGUGAAAAGGGAGAAAGAAGACCGAGCUGCGAAACUGCGAAAGCUCAUGGACUCGGACGACGAAGAAGUGGCUGCAGUGCCCAAUAUCGAGAAGGCCACAGGUCUAGAGACCGACGAGCCUGUGGCCGCUCAAAAAGGCACAGACGCAGAUGUGCCGUCCAAGGCCGCCGGCGAAGACGAGCAGAUUGCCUGGUCAGAAAGUGAUGGUGAGAAGAAGAAACCGGCAGCCCCGAACAAGAUCGAGGGCCCGCCGAAACGCCGACGCGGCAAACGCAAGGUCAUGAAGAAACGCACGACCAAGGAUGAAGACGGCUAUCUCGUCACGAAGGAGGAAGCCGUGUGGGAGAGUUUCAGUGAGGAUGAGCCCGAGCCUGCUCCCGCGCGGAACGAAAUGCCGAAGAGUUCAUUUGGGGCCGCGAAGGCAUCGUCUCAGAGCCAGAGCCAGAGUCAGAGUCAGAGUCAAGGCAAGGCCGGCGCGAAGAAGAAGGCUACUGGCGGUGGCAAUAUCAUGAGUUUCUUUGGAAAGAAGAGUGCGUGA